CCGUCAGUGUUUGUGGUGUAGAUUUCUGAUGUUCUGAUGUAUUUAACACUGUUUUCCGCAGUUCUCGUCGCGCACUGCUGUUUGACGCUGGUCUAUAACGCGCCGCUCCGCGGGCACGAGCUGACGCGCGCGGUGGAGAACGCCAUGAGUUUAGCGAAGAAGAUCCUGAGCGACAUUCGCGGAGCGCACGACGCGUGCGUCACAUCAGCGGGUUUGACUCUUUCCAGUGAAGCAAAAAGCUUGGAGUAUUUAUUAAGUGACAUUGGCAUUCCUGCGCCGCCAGUGCUCAAGUCAGAGGAGCUCACUAUGGAAACGAGUUUAAGCCGUAUUGUAAACGGCCUGGAGCUUCACCGCAGACUUCUGGAGGAGGUGGGAGUGGCGUUGAGCUCCUCAGAAGAGCUGAAGCCUUUGCUCGCCGGCGUCAGAGAUCUGCGUGAUCAGGUGGAAGAGGUGCAACGGCUGGCCCAGAUUCCCAGUCCAGAAUCCCAGGACGGGUUUCCAGGGCUUGCCCUGCAGCUCCGCAGUGAUUACCAGGUCCAAGUGGCGGCUCAUCUUACCCUCCAGCAGCUGCGCAGCUUCACCCAGGACGUGUUUCGGACUCUUCGCCACAUCUCUGCGUCUAUCGCUGACCCGCAGUGACCGAACCAGGCCAACAACUCAAUGUC